ACAGACAGCCUGUAGUAUAAAUAUAAAUUUAAACCACGCAUUAACUGCUUUCAUAUUCUGCUGCUAAAUGACACACAAACACUGUAGAAUUUCUAAUUAAUGAUGGCUGUUUCUGGCUGUUUCUGGAUUUUCAUUUUAAUCUUCAUCUCCAUGUAUACAGUUCAACCCGGUGGACGCUGUGUAACCGCACAAUCCUUUACAGAGCCAGAAGUUUAUCACCCUGAUAAAGAUCUCAGUGUGAAUCUCUGUGACUCGGCUCUUCUACGGUGUUGUGUUUUUAACAACAAAGGAGGAGAAAUUUUCUGGUUUAAGCGAGAAAACAAAAAAAUGCCUGUUUUCAUUGCUGGACCUUUUAACUCUGCUGGAGAAACGUUUUAUAGUGAAUUCCAAAAUUCUCGUAUUCAGAUAAAAAAAACUGAAGAAAAGUGCUUCGUUAUGACUAUUUUAAACACUGAGCUGUCUGAUGAAGCCACGUACUAUUGCGCAAUCAUGUUUUCAUCUGGGACUUUUUUAAAAAUUAAAGAAACAUCUCCAUCAGCUCUGUGUGCAUCUGAACCAACACUGCAUGGAAACAGCACUAACACGCAAGACAAAACAGAUUCAGAAAUGAUCAGAUCUCUACAUCAGACAGCGAUCGGUUUGGGAUCGGCUUUGGGUUUGUGCUCCAUUCUGAUUUUCUGUCUCAUUUAUUUCAUACUGAGGAGAAGAAAAUGUGAAAACUGUAAAUCGAAGAUUUCUGUAGAAAACUCUAAUAGAACGAGGCAGGUACGUGCGCAGAAUUAUGAAGAAGAAACACUGAAUUACGCAGCUUUGAAAUUCUCCGAGCCGAAACCCAAAGCUGGAAAAAGAAAAAGCUGAUGACUUUGUGAACUAUGAUGUGAAUUAUCAUUAGACAAUUAGAUUAAAAUGAACGUUGUUGUUGUUGUUGUUGUUUUUUUAUAAUGUCUAUAAUUAAAUCAUCUUUGAUUGGUUUACAAAAUCGAUUAAUAAGAAAUAUUAUUCGCAGUAGGAUAUUUUUUGCAGUGUAGAUAAACUACCAAAGCCACAGGGUUUAUUCUGUAUCUAAUGAUUUUAUUUCAUUGAUUUAUAAUUUGCCCUCUGUGGAGAUUUUUAGUCUGUUUCUAUAAUUCUGUGAAGCUUCUCCGAGACAAUGUCAAUUGACAACUGAGCACUAAUUCUGAGCUGUUUAUAUUUCACUGAUGAAUGAUGGGGUCAGUUGUUAGCAGAGCCGAUCCUGAUCUCACUGUGUCCCUAAGCAAAAUUCUGCUAAAGGGCCCUCCUACCUGACCCGUGAGCCAUGUUAACCAUUUGCUACACAUUCACACCCCAUUGCUCCCACUACAAACCUCCCUCCUUUUAAAAAAAGUUCGCUCCAUCUCUCGAUCAAAGAGUAAAACAAUACAGAAUUGAAUGAGGUAUAAACAAAUCUUUAUUGAAUGAAAUAUUUUACAUAGAAUUUUGAGUUGAAUAUUAGCAUUUAAAUUUAAAGUGAGUAUUAACAUUAUCUUAAAUAAGCAGAAAAUAAUAAAAUAUAACAAAAUAUUAUAUAUAUAUAUAUAAUAUUUUGUUAUAUUUUUUAUAUACAUAU